CCAAAUGUUUUUCUCUGUUCGCUGCGCUCCACAACGUCAUCGCCCAUCCGUUUUUUUUUUUUUCUUUUUCCGGGCCAUUCCAGCUUUAAAACCUCAGCAAAGCAUCCCCCGUUACGAUUUGAAAUACCUUUGACUGUCCAAGCAGCUGGAGCCCGUCUUGACCAGCAACGAGUGCGUCCAACAUGAGGCUGGGACUCGCCAUAGUCGUGUGUUUCUUCAGCUUUGUGUGGCUGUGUGAGUGUGCGCCGCCGACCUGUUACUCCAGGGCACUUGGCUUGAGCAAAGAAAUAAUGACUUUGCUGGACAAAAUACACAAUUAUCAUCGCACGAAAGUGUGUGCCGAGGUCCUGCCCACGCUCUUUCUUGACAUACAUAAUUCCUGUGUCACAACCAAGCUCCGUGAUUUUCUCUAUGUGGUGCUGAACCAUCCUAGCCAGUACUGCAAAGAGCGUCCCAGAAUGGUCCUGCUGAAACGCAAAGUCCAGAACCUGUAUACCAUCAUUAACAAAGUUUGUUAUAGGGACCUUGUGUUUUUCACAGAUGACUGUGAGGCCAUUGAUACCGGACACAGUUCCCCUCGAUAUGGAGAAGACAGGCUGCAGCUUCUGCAGGAGGAGAGAUGAGCCGUGCACUAAACAGACAUACACUUUCCAGUUACAUGCACACAGAUACACAUAGCAGUGGUAAAGCAUUUACAACCAGUCAAACAUAACAGCCUACAUAAUGUUAGAUGCAUACAGGAUGUGUUGGUAGCACAACAGGCAGUGCUGUUUCAACUCCCACCUAGUUGAGCUUGUGUUAUUGGCUAUGAGGAGACUCAUGUUGUCAGUGUGUGUGGCUACAUUCCAUCAAGGAGUGGAGAACUUUCCACAGGAAAUUUGCUGAAUGCCAGCCAUGCCGAUGAAAACCUUGAAAUAAUAAACCAAUAAGAGAUGCUUGUGAGCCUGGCUUAGCUGCUGCUUACUUACCAGGGCUGAUCAAAGCUUCCUGUAUCAUUAAGAGAAAUAUGUUGUGUUGCCAUAACCCUUGGUCUGAUUAAAAUGUCUUAAAGGAGCACUAUACAGCAUUUUGUAAACAUCUGAGACUCGAACAUGGUGUGUGAGAAUGUUAUGUAAGGAACAGAUGGCUUUGUGUUGCAUUACCUUCUCACACUGGGCUGACUUCCAUCCAGGACCCUUUGUGUAUUAUGUGUUGUUUUGGUAAAUGUGCUACUGUUCAUACCUAAGACCAGUUUUAGACAACAAAAUAACACCUUGGCCUCGAGUAAUGACGAAAAUAGAUCAUGUUCAUGUAGCCCUCAAUGCCACAGCAAGCUUGGAAACAUCUAGAAUUUUAUCUCAGUUUAUCUUUGAACCCUCGGCAUAUUAAACAUCAUGUAACAUCUUAUGCCUAUCAUGUCUUAUGUAUAUAUAUUCUGUUGUAUCUGUAUGUUACAACUUCCCUUUGUGCAACUCACAUUAAGUAAUAAACCGAGUUUUCG